AUGGAGGAUAAUUACAUUCCUCAAGGAAGAUCAAGGCAUUUUGUUAAAGAAGCGACAUAUCUUCAUCAUUUUUGGGUGGAAGUGUUUAUUGGAGUAAUUGAUCUACAGCUUCAAGAACUUAACAAUCGCUUUGAUGAGGUUAACAUGGAGUUGCUUAAAUGCAUGGCUUGCUUAUGUCCCAAAGAUGGAUUAUCUUCUUUCAACAAGGAAAAGGUACUUAAACUUGCCACUCUUUAUCCUUCCGAAUUUACAACUAAUGAUUUAGAUACUCUUGAUUGUCAACUUGAUAUAUUCAUGGAAGAUAUGGGAGAUGAUGGUGGUGAAUUCCAAGAUGUCAAUGAUCUUUCUUCCCUUGCAAUGAAGUUUGUUGAAACAAAUAGGAAUGAAGCUUAUCCACUUGUAUUUUUGCUCAUCAAGUUGAUGUUGAUUCUUCCGGUUGCUACGGCAAGUGUGGAAAGAGUGUUUUCGGGAAUGACUUACAUAAAAAAUAAGUUGCGAAAUAGCAAGGGUGAUCAAUUUUUGAACGAUUGUUUGGUUACUUUUCUUGAGAAAGAAGUGUUUCUUCAAGUUUCCGAUGAUGAUGUUAUUGAUCGUUUCCAAAAAAUGAAGACUCGUCGAAUGCACUUGUAA